AUGUGUCUUGCAGACAUCACAAAGUGCCAGGUCUUUCUAUUGACCUGGGUGGCACUGCACCACUUCACGCAGAGGGAGGUGGGAUGGUUCGCCUUCCUUGGAUCCCUCACCGGCUUCUCGCUGUCCUUUCUCAUCAUUCUGCUGGUGCCAUAUGAUAUCUCCCAGACGCUUUCAGGCGGUGACAAGGUGUUGAUGCCAUUCAGUUGGGACAUGAUGUAUUGGGCAAGUUUCCUGCUUUGUUGGGUGACCUACCCACUACUGAGCGAGUAUGAGGCUGCCUCCGGCUUCACGGUGGCAGGGCGCUUGAUGUCCCUUCGGAGCACGUGGUGUGGUCUCUAUGUGGCCGGUACCGUCUUGCUGCUCUUGUGCCUGGUCGUAGGUGGCUUCUCAGUCUUGGCGCCGUGGUGUCUGGCCAUGGCGAAUGCCUGGGCCUUGUUGGUGUCCUCAUUGCUGAUGGCCUAUGGCCUGGUGGCCGUGCCGCGCCAGUUUUGGCGGCAAGCCUCUCCGAGUUUCGAGCUGAAACGGCUCUACUGCAGUGCUGUCGCCUUGGAUGAAGCUCGCCUGGGGACGCAGUAUGAACUGCAGGAUACGAUCGCAGAGGCUCGCCUUGAGACUGCGCAAAGAAGCGCUCAGUUCUGGGAUCCCUCCUUGGAGCGUGCCUUUGCGUUGCUUCAGCUCACCAUGGAGGAAUGCGAGCUUUUACAUCUUGAGCUCACCAACGGCGUGCCGGGCCGACCUCAUCAACCUGCUUGCGGAAGCACUCCAAGGCGACUUGAGCAAGCCGAGGACGUCGCACCUCGGGUUGACUACUUGGCACAGCUGCAUGGAGCUCUGAGACAGGCUUCCAUUGAAGCGCGUCGUACUGCCUGUCGCUGGGAGGAGCUCAUCAACCGAUGCCUUCUGCUGGAGGAUAUCGAGGAGAAUCUUCUUCCCUCGAUUCUGGAAACAUCGACUCUUUGGACCUGGGGCCCUUUACGAUGGCUUUGCCAGUUGCCGGUGCUGCGCACUGCCUGGCACAAGUUGGUGGUGUUGUGGCUGUCCAUCUUGAGGCGCUGGAAGCUACCGCGUCAGCGGCAGGACGGCCCAUCGAAUGAAUGUCCCAUGUGCCGUCGACAGAUGUUGAAAGACUGCAGGACUGAGGGCUCAUUGUUCAUCCAGAGGAAUACAAAGUGCCUUGACAGCGGAGUCGGAGAAAAAGGGCUGGAGAAGGGUUUUGAAUGUCUAGACUUGGAGAAAGUCUCUACAUCGCAGGUGGAUGAGUGCUCCGGUCUUGCAGCGAGCAAACUGAACGACGACCUCUAUUGGGUGAACAACGACUCUGGUGCAGGUCCCGUUUUGUAUGGUAUUCGAAAGAACGGCCAGCACGUAGCACGUCUGCGUGUGUCGGGUGCUGGAGCCAAUGAUUGGGAAGAUAUUGCAAUCGGCCCAGGACCCACGAAGGGCAAAUCUUACAUCUACGUGGCCGACGUGGGUGACAAUUAUCGCAAGCGGGGCACUGUGCAAAUCUACCGUAUGGAAGAGCCAAAGGUGGAGAGGGGGAGAAACCGCAACGAUGACAUCAGGGUUAGCGCUGUGCGUUUUGAUGUCACCUAUCCCAACAACAUGAAGUACGACUGCGAGUCCAUCUUCAUUGACAAGGGCAAGGGUGCCAGGAAAGCAGGGACCGAAGGACGAGUCUACCUCAUCACCAAGGGCGACAACAGGGCCAGUGACCCCCAGUGGCGUGGUGGAGAUGUCUUCUACGUCGAUUUGCCCAGAGAAUCUGCUUCGCUUAGCUGGCAGGCAACCAGUACACGACUCAAUUUGGUCCUGGCAACGGGUGCGGACAUCACCCCGCGUGGCAACCUCAUUGCUGUAAGGACCUACGGCGAGAUUCAAAUCUGGCCACGACCAUGUGAGUGGAGUGUGGAGGAAGCCCUGAGUAAGCAACCUUGUGGAGUAGCCAGCAAGAACGAGCAGCAGGGUGAAGCCAUUGCAUUUGGCAAGGACGGCGACCACUACAUCACAGUGAGUGAAGGUAAAUAUCCCAAAGUGUGGUACUUUGGCAUGACCCAACGUUUCCAGAAAGAUAUGAUGGACAAAGCAAAGGCAGAGGCGAAAGCCAUGGAGGCUCAGAAAGAGACAGCUAUGGACAGCUGUAAUCAAAUCACUCAGACAGUGGAUGCCUCACCAGCAGAGUUUGAUGCGACAGCAUUGGCGGCACAGCAUCAGCCGCUGAAGAUUGGGAACAAAGAUGGCCCUGCAAGUCCGACCCGAGCCGAGUCACGCGUGUUGAGACUCGUUGCCCUGGCCACUGGUGCACUCAGUGUCCUGAUCCUGAGCCGCCAGAUCAUGCUCUUCUUUGAUAUGAACGGGCCGUGGGCCUUUGGAUCAUUGACCCAGGGGACCCAGGCGGUCUAUGUGCUGACACUGGGCUACUUGGUGGGCACCACCUAUUGGAGUUCCUUCCGAUGGUCGGAUGCUCAGCGUUGGCCACGACAGCGAUGA